CAGCUAAGCAACACCGCGUCGUUCAACUUGUGGCUCGUCAGUCGGUGAAUUUGUGCCCGUAUGUGAGAGGGGGGUUUUUCACCUAACACGUUUGCAUGUGCCUUGUGCCAGAGCGAUUGUAUUUUCCCUGGGCCGCGGGAAACGUCAUCUCGAAAGCUCCGGGCUUUUUCUAGUGCGUGUCGGUGUCUAGUAACAGGCAUAGCGAACCCUGUUUUGGCGAAGCCGUGAAAGCCCACCAUCAGUGCCAAUAAUGACCUCUUUAUCACAUCCCUUCAAAGACAGUCCGGAGCCGCUGGAAGUACCCAAGCCGCACGUCGCCAACGUAGAUGCGUUGUACGAAUGGAUUAAGGAUCAACCCCGGUUUCCAAGCUUUUCCAAGAACCAUGCUCACCUUUUCCUUCACGCCUGUCUCUGGAACGUAGAUGACGCGAAGAAGGCGCUCCAGAAGUACGUACAGAUCCACGCGAACUCGCCCGAAAUAUUUGACAACCGGGAUAUCAUGGGAGCGGGCGUGCAGAUGACGCUCAACGCCACGCACAUGGUGGCGCUGCCAAGGACGACCCCAGACGGCUACCGGCUGUUGUACUACCGACUUUCGGAUACCGACCCAUCCAAGAUGAACUUCACCGAGGCAGUCAAGUCCUUCUGCAUGUUCAACGACGCCCAGAUUAGCGUAGACGGUAUCAUGGAAGGCUACAUUGUCAUCUUCGACAUGAAGGGAGUUCGGUUAGGACAUCUGGCGCGAGUCCAGUUCGGGCCGCUGCGUGUCUUCAUGAGCUAUAUUCAGGAUGCACAUCCGGUGCGGCUGAAGAAGAUCUACAUCGUUCACACGGCCUCCUUCAUCAACCAGGUGAUGGCUCUGGUGAAGCCACUCAUCAAGUCGGAACUGCUCGGAUUGCUGCAGUUCACGACCGCCGGUCCGGAGGAGAUCGUCGGUGUGGAAUACUUACCGAAGGAUUUUGGUGGUCCGUUCGAUGAGGUAGCCACGAUGCAUGCUGAGCAAAAGAAACGUCUUGAGACGGAGUUCCGUGAGUGGCUGAUGGAUUCUUGCGCACUUAAGGAGGCUCCUAAGCAGAAGGGCACCAGCUCCACCGCGAUCAAACCACCGGUCAAGGCGUUCCGGGGGUUAGAGAUCGACUAGUUCAGAGCAGCUCUCUUGGAAUAGCAUCGUUCCGCAACAGGUCACAGUGAUAUUAUCGGGGUUUAGCGGACUCAGUAGCUUGGGAAGCUCAACUGCGCCGAACCGACGACAGUUCUUGUGCCGUUCUUGCACUACCCACUACGUUCGCGUAUCCGGGCUUAUAUCCGUGUGUUUUUUGUUUUGAUCGCUUAUCGUAAGGUCGGUUUGAAUGUGUUUUUGUCUGUAUCUAUUCUUCGAGGGCCUGAUUUGGGGCCCCGCGGUAGGAACCACGUUCUAGUUGGAUUUGUAAAUAAAGGCAAUGAAACAAGGACAACGCAGAUGUACUGUUUUUCGUGUAAUAAUUAGAAAACGGAUUUUCAUAAAGCUUCCAUUGAAUUAUUUCUCAGUGUUAAUGCUAAGAAAUUGCAAAAG